GAGCGGCCGUUUUCGCUUGGUCCUGGUGCUUGACGUUUCUCUGUUUACUAUAGAAUGUUAGGAAUCAUAAUCCUUAAUUGUGUAAAAUUUUGUAGAUGAGUCAGAUCGUAAUAGACCUGAUUAAUGCUUUUGUCACAUGGAUCCCUUUUUCUGACUAUCCUCAAUUAGAGUGGGCCGUGGUGUUGUUAGUGUGGUGAGGACCUGCUCUUCUUUGGGGUAUAGACCAUCUGUGGCGGACCAUGUAUAGUUUUGGUGAUGUGUGACCAAAUAGCGGAACUACAGAGGGAGUGCUGCGAACUCACACGGACCGUCUUUACCAGCGCACUCCCGUAGCCUCCAUGACAAGGAGCAGUUGACAACAAUAUCAAGUUGAUGUUCGGCUCACUGUCCACGAUGAUGUCCCAUGGUUUCAAGAGCAGUAAGCAGGACUUCACCUUUGGACCAUGGAAAGUAACUGCUGCCAAAAACCACAUCAUGAAAUCCAAAGACAUUGAACGUUUAGCUGAGGAGAUGAACAUGCCAUCCCUUCCAGAGAUGCUGUUUGGAGACAAUGUCCUGCGCAUCCAACACACAGAUGGCUACGGCAUCGAAUUCAACGCCAUUGAUGCCCUUAAAAGAGUCAACAACAUGGAGGAUGCUGUCAAAGUGGCAUGUGCUCAGGAAUGGCAGGAGAGCAGAGCGGAUUCUGAACACUCCAAAGAGGUAGUGAGACCCUACGACUGGACAUACACUACAGACUACAGAGGCACUAUGAUAGGAGAUGGUAUGCAGAUAAAGGUGCUUAAGACAGAAGAACGUAUUGACAUGGAGAGGCUGAAGGCUCGGGAACAGAUCAUGUUCUUCGAUGAGAUUCUCUUGUUCGAGGAUGAGCUGCAUGACCAUGGAGUCUCAAUGAUCAGUGUCAAAAUUAGGGUGAUGCCCACCAGUUUCUUCUUGUUGCUGCGUUUCUUCCUACGAGUGGAUGGAGUGCUGAUUAGAAUAAAUGACACACGACUGUAUCAUGAGGCUGGUAAGAAUUACAUGCAACGAGAGUUCAGCACAAGGGAAAGCAAAAUAGCAGAACUGAAGUUCCAGAAGUCAGAAGCAGACCUGGAAUACAUUGAAAAGCGGCUGAAGCUGGAGUUCAUCCACCACACUGCAGAGAAUGGAUGUCCUGCUGAGGAGAACCCAGUGUUGAUGCUGGAGAACCUGAAGGCCAUCAAAGCCAAACACGCAGCAUUGUGCUCUCAGGUGAGGGAUAUUUCAGCUGCCCAGAAAGAGUCCAUGGACUCCAUCAGAAAUAACCUCAGCGGCGUCAUGAAGGUGAUCCAACACUUCCAGCAGACUACUGAUGUAGAGGUUCAGCCACUGACAGAGUCAGAAAAAGAGUCUGCGGAGCUCGUGGGUUCAUCUUUUACUCGGACAGCAACAGAGGUGCUUCCUGCUGCAGUAGCUUCUGGCCAACAGCAGCUUUUGAGUGGAUCUGCUACCUUCAAGUCCUCUACUCAGCUGUGAAUACUGCACAGACGGCGGCGUCAGUCAGGCAGCUGAUCAGUUUGUUGGUUGGACUGCCAGUUUAGUCUGGACUGAAAAUAUUUUGAAACAACUGUUGGAUAGAUUGCCAUGCAAUUUUGUACUGCUGUUCAUGUUGCCAUAAUGAGGAAUCGUGAUGACUGUUGUAAUCCUCUGACUUUUCAUUUGGGAUGAGUUAAUGACAGAAUACCUGCAAAACUGAUGACAUUCCCAUCAGCUUCAACUGUACUUUGUGUUUAGUGCUUUUUAACAUUAUAUGGUAUAUAUUACACCUGUUUUAUAUGAACAUAUUUGUAUUAACAAUCAUCUACAACCAUUUCCAUGUAUGCUGUUUAGUCCCAGUGUCCUGUUUCCAUAGAAGAAUGAAUGUACUUUUGGCAGAUAUUGCCCCAUUUGUAGGGCUCAUUCUUCUCAGUUUGUGUUAAAAUGAUUCAAUCUGUAUUUAACAGUUCAUGGGUAAAGCUUUUACAGGUCCAUUGUAUCUAUAAUAUACCCAAGUUCCCUGGAAAGAACUAUGUACAAUGGAUAUAAAAAGUCUUCACACCCCUGUUUAAAUGGCAGGUUUUUGUGAUGUGACCUUUAAUGUGACCUGUAACCUGUACAACUCAGUUGAAAAGCAAACACAUAUUUUACUGGGAAUAAUAAAAGCUUAAAAAAAUG